AUGAUGGAGCCAAUGGAACCGAGGACAGAGCAGAGCACAGAGCCUCCGAUAGAAUGCUAUGCUAUGAACAAUAUGUUUAGAGGACAUGCUGUUAUUAUCGCCAAUGAGAAUUUUAUUGUGUGGCCAAACUGUCCUGGAGCAAAAGGGGAUGCGUUUAAAAUGGAAACUUUAUUCAGAUCUCUCGAUUUCCAUGUGACAGUAUUCACGGAUUGCAAUGCAUCAGAGAUGAAACACAUAAUAAAGCAAGCCAGUAAAUCACCAAUGAAUUUGGAUGCGGAUUGUUUCGUCCUUGUAUUGAGUACACACGGGUAUGAGGAGCAGGUAACAGAAACCCCAGUGCAUAUGCAGGAUGCUACGAUCUGGCGUCAAACUGUACUUGGGGUUGACGGACUGCCAGUGUACGUGGAUGAUAUUCUAGAACUCUUUGAUAGCAAGAGUGGAGAGAGUUUUCUAAAUGGGAAACCAAAACUAUUUUUCCUACAGUGUCUGGUGACCAUGUUGUUAUUUUUUGGCUUCGAUCCCGGCUGA